ACAAAUAACUGUAUGUGUGGGGUACAGAGAUGGAGUAAUUAUUAAAUCRUGUUAACUACUAUUAUUGAACAUGGAAUGAGUCCAUGCAACUUAUUAUGUGAUUUGUUAACCAUAUUUUUACUCCUAAACGUAUUUAGGCUUGCAAUAACAAAGGGGCUGAAUACUUAUUGACUCAAGACAUUUCAGCUUUUAAUUUUUAUUAAUAAUAUCUACAAAACAAAUUCCACUUAGACAUUAUGGGGUAUUGUGUGUAGAUCAGUGACACAAAAUCUCAAUUUAAAAUUUAGGCUGUAACACAACAAAAUGUGGAAAAGGUAAAGGGGUGUGAAUACUUUUAUGAAUGCACUGUAUAUGGCUCUGCAUUACACAUAACGAGUAAUUGGACUAUGGUGUCUUCUCUAGGGGGCAGUUUUUUUAAGAGCACUGAUGCUCGGCCUGAACAUUUGACACGCAUCACUUGUAGUACGGUUUUGGAAGCAUAAGGAUCUUUCAUCUAGGCGAGAAAUAAUUUUCAAAAAACCAGAGGUUAAAAUGAUAUACCUUUUUAUAGGGUUAAGGUUCCCCACGGCCAUAUUUCCAUGUUACAGCUCUUGUUUACGGAAGACAGUCAACUACCUGUGCUAAUUAGCUUACAAAUGCAAAUGAAGAGGAAGAUGUAGACAAUAACCAAUCGACAAGAUUAAGAUCAAACCUGGGAAAAAGUAACGCAAUAAAACCAAGAUGACUAGAAGUCAUCGAGACCCCAUCAAAACAGAUUGUGAAACACAGUCAGCUGAUGUUGACUCCAGUAGAGAAGAUUCAGACAUUGGCCAAGCCCACUCUCUCAGCAGUAAUGGGUUUACUUUCAACAUCAUCCAAAUCAAAGAAGAGGAAACAGACUUUGAAGUGCAUGAAACAAGUGAGGAACAUAAUGGAAUCAGAUCAAAUUAUCACUUGGAUUCUAGAGCACUCCACCAGGAUUCUGGAACCAUCAAAACCAAGACUGAAACAGAUUCUGUUCACAUUAGCCAAGGAACGGUAGAAAUUAAGACUGAGCAUGAUUCAGAAAUCAGAGUGGUUAAGACAGAAACUCUAGUGUACGCCCCCUCACACAGCUGCCCCCACUGCAGUUGCAUGUUCCACACACCACAGCAGCUACUUGUCCACACCUGCCAGGUCGCGAAUUCCGACAACAUUGUGGAUUUUUUGUUGAAGACCCCGUUUCAUUCUUUGGAGUCCACAGAAAGGGUGCGAAUUAAAACUGAGGGUCGACCUCUGCCUGAAAUCAAGUACAUAAGGAAGGAUGACAAAGUGAGGAGGGCGUUCAAUACCAACUGGUAUAAAAAGUAUCAAUGGCUAACAGGUAGUCUUUCAUCAAGCCGCUUGUAUUGCUGGCCUUGUCUGCUCUUUGGAACGUUUGAGCCUUGGGCUAAAGGGGGGUUCAGUGACCUGAAGAACAUUGACCGUUCAGCUAAACGGCAUGACGAAAGCCGGGAGCAUCUCAACUCCUACGCGAAACUCAAGCUUUUGGGACACCCGAGUCAUCAUGCCAAUCAUUCACUCAAUGAAGGCCUGCGUAUUCAAGCUGCGCAACACAAYGAGAAGGUCCGAAGAAACAGGGAUGUUCUCAAACGCCUCAUUGACAGCAUUGCAUACUUAGGCWUGCAAGAGUUGGCUUUUAGGGGGCACGAUGAGACGGAAAGUUCCGCUAACAAAGGCAACUACAGGGAAUUGGCACAGGUAAUCGCACGGUAUGAUGCUUUACUUGCUCAGCAUAUGGAAUCUUCAACUGUGUUCACUGGAAUGUCAAGAACAAUUCAGAACGACUUGAUAACUGCUAUUGCAUCAUCAAUUAAAAGUGAGAUUAAAAGCGAAGUUGACGCUGCUCCAUUUUUCUCAUGGCAAAUGGAUGAAACUACAGACCAUUCGCAGUUGUCUGUUAUUGUCAGGUAUGUGGAUGAUCGGGGGUGUGUCCAGGAGCGUUUCUUGGGCUACUUUGAUGUGUCAGCUGGGCGAGAUGCACAGUCUGUGUUUGAUCUAGUGAAUUCGGAGAUGUCAGAGUUAAACUUUGUGGAGAAACUAGUCGCUCAAACAUAUGAUGGCGCUGCUGUAAUGGCUUCUGAUUUAAAUGGUCUGCAAGCAAAAGUAAGAGCUGUAGCUCCGAGCGCCACCUUUGUGCAUUGCUAUGCACAUCCCCUCAACUCCGUAUUAAGCCAGAGCGUGAAGUCCAUGCCCAAGACCAAGGUUUUCUUUGCCACACUGGGUGGCUUCGCAACGUUUUUUUGUAAGUCCACCAAUAGAAUGCUGCUAGAAAAGGCCACUUGUGCAAGUUUGCCAAAAAACGUACCAACACAUUGGAAUUUCACGUCUAGAGUCGUUAACACAGUGGCAAAAAACUUUGAGCAUCUAUUGGACACAUUCACAAGUAUCACAGAGCAUCCUAACAUGGAUGAUGACACGAUUUUCGAUGCAAAUGUGUUCAAGACACAGCUGGAAGAUUUUCAUUUUAUUUUUUUACUUCUCACUUUUGAAUAUAUAUUUGCUUGCACAGAUGUGGUUUUUGACAGUGUGCAACAGAAUGCCAUGGAUGUAGAAUUUUGUAAGAGGAGGAUUGAGAAUMUUWUACUCAAGAUAGAGGAGCACAAAUCUGAAGAAGAAUUUAGUGCUAUAUAUCAGAAGGCUUCGAACAUGACAGAUGAUCCAGAGUUGAYGCACAGAAGGAAGCRRAGGCAGRGCACUCAGGAUGUAAYGCAGACGUACAAAUCACUGUACGAUUCAAUCCAUGACAACAUCAAGACACAAAUAGCACAGAGGUUCCAAAGCCUGGACAGCAGGAGAUACAUGGAGUUGUUAGAUGAUGAGAAAUUUGAGUCAUUCCGGAGUGAAUUCCCUGCAAAUGCAAUGGAAAGCCUGUCCCAGAGCUAUGGGUGUUUUUUCAACAUGGAAAAACUGAAAAAUGAGCUGCAAGUGUUCUACUGUGGCGAGGAGCUUCAAGGAAACAGUCGAAAACUGUGUGACAGAAUCUUGCAUUUCAAGGGGUGUGGAUUGAAUGAAGUGAUGCCUGAGGUGUACCGGCUCAUGUGCCUUGUUGCAACUAUAGGGGCAACGUCAGCGGGCGUGGAGAGCAGAUUCUCUCGUCUGAAGAGGCUGAAAAGCUACACAAGGAACACCAUGGGACAAGAGCGACUCAGGAACCUGGCAAUCCUAUCUAUAGAAAGGAGAAUUCUUAAAUCACUACAGAAGAAUCCUCACUGGUAUGAGAGGGUCAUUGACCAGUUUACCAACCAGACUAUGAGAAGAAUGGACUUUAUAUUCAAGUGAUUGAGACUGGAUGGUGGAAACUCCCUGAACUACUGCAAGGGAGUAUAAGGUCCCAUGAUGCCAGUGAUGUCUUAAAAGCAGCUUGUAGCUCCUGUUUGUGCACAUGUGCACAUGUCCACAACCUCUCAUUCUUCCUCUGGAGACCUCAACCCUUCUCAUCCACUGCAGUCUGCGUUGACUAAAGCUAUGUGUCAUCGAAAGAUGUCAGUUUGUUUGACCUCUGCUGCUGCUGCUAAAGAACAUUAAAACUUUGACUAUUUUGGUGAAUGCCGGUUUUCCUUUUCCAGUUUAUAUGCCUUUUGGACCCUGCACCCAAAUACUUAUUUGAACUGUUAAGUUGAGCAUGGUUCUUGAUUUUGUGUUGUAUUUUGUAGUUAUUAUGGAUCCCCAUUAGCUACUCUUCCUGGAGUCCAGGAAAAUUUAAGGCACUUAUAACAGAUGAUGGUUGUAUAUGCCCGACUUACUGGCUGGGGAUGACAAAAGUGACAAUGAUUGCUGUGAAUUAAGUAUGUGAAAGAGGACAUGUUUGUUUGGUAUUUGCACAUUAGACAUUACUUUAAAAUGAAUUAUACAGUGAUCACUUCAA